AUGGAGUCUCCCGGAGGACGACAGAAAUCGAGGAACGCGAAAGACUUUCUGCGCAAAUUCGACGCGUUUCCAAAAUUCGUCGACGUGGAUUUCUACUCGCGCUCGUUCGGGGGUGGGAUAAUCACCGUCGUCACCUAUAUCGUCGCCGUCUCGCUCCUUCUCGCGGAAACGAAGUUGUACCUCAAAACGCACGUGAAACACGAUUUAUACGUCGAUAACGGCAGAGGAGAAACCAUGCGAAUUAACGUGGACGUGUUCUUUCCAAACUUAAGCUGUGGAAGCUUAGGGUUAGACGUGAUGGACGUGAGCGGGGAAACGCACCUGGACGUGGUGGAUCACGAGAUGCGGAAAAUAAGGUACGAUCGGUACGGAGUGAAGUUGGCGGAUGCCUUGAACGACGAACACGGGAAGGAAGAGGUGGUGAACGAGAAAGCGUUUGACAGCAACGAGACGGAAACUGCGAGUAGUUUAAGAAAGAAUAAGACAAAGAAAACGGCGAAGGAGUUGAUUCCGAGAUAUAUGGAAGACGGUAAAACGAAGUAUUGCGGUUCGUGUUACGGCGCGGACGUGAGCGGAGCGAAUCGAGGGCGAGAGCAAAGGUGUUGUCAAACGUGCGAGGAGGUGAGAGAGGCGUACAUUGAAGUCGGGUGGGCGUUUACUGGCGCGUCGAGUAUGGAGCAGUGUAAACGGGAAGGGUUUUCGGAGGUGUUAGGGAACGUGCACGAGGAAGGGUGCGAGUUCAAAGGGUUCUUGGAUGUGAAUAAAGUGCAAGGCAAUUUUCACAUCGCGCCGGGGAAGUCGUUUCAACAAGGCGAACAACACGUGCACGAUUUAUCGCCAUUUCCGGACGGGAAGUUCAACUUUUCGCACGAGGUGAGACACUUAUCGUUUGGAGAAGGGUACCCGGGGAAAGUCGACCCUUUGGAUGGUACGAAACGAACGCUGAAACUUCCCGCGGAAACCGGCGUGUACCAGUACUUUUUUAGAAUCGUCCCGACGACGUACACCUAUCUCAAUCCGUUCAAGAAAGAUAUCAGCACGAACCAAUACUCGGUGGUGGACCAUUUCAAACCCGUGGACGCGGCUUCCAUUCAAGGAGGUAGCAGUGACUUGCCGGGCGUGUUUUUCUUUUACGAUUUAUCGCCGAUUAAAGUCGACAUCGCCGAGUACAGGACGAGCGUUUGGAAAUUUUUAGCCGAGGUAUGCGCCAGCGUCGGCGGCGUCUUCGCGGUGAGCGGAAUCGUCGAUAAGGUGGUGUAUAAAGGCUCGCUGGCGAUUAAGAAGAAGAUUCAGCUCGGCGUUCAGGAUUAG